AUGAGUUGCGCAAAUACAUGUAGCAGAGUAGACGAAUCAAUGGACAGGGUGAAGCAGGGCAUGCGUGAUUUGGACUCACGAAUGGAGGACCUGAGGGCUGCACUGGAGCAGGAGGUAGAAGAUAUCAACAAGGCGAGAAAGGAGCUUGAACAAGACCAACAGCGCUUUGAAGAGGAGUCAAAGCGAAUCCAAGAGGUCAUGAAUGAGUCUGAACAAGUGAGACUGAAUGUUGGUGGCCACGAAUUUACGACGACAGUAACCACCCUUCGCAACGCUCCAUCGCCAUCUCUGUUCAAUGCGAUGUUCAGCGGACGGCAUUCUCUGAAGCCAGACAAGAAUGGGUGCUUUUUCAUUGACCGGGAUGGCAGGCAUUUUCAUGACAUUUUGAACUAUUUACGUGAUGGGUCAUUCAGCUGCCCGAUGGAGAACGCCGACUUCAAGUAUCUUCUGGAGCUGAAGUCGGAGGCAGAGUACUAUGGCCUUUGCGGCUUAGUUGAGAAGAUUGAGAAAUACCCGUAUUCCAUGACUCGCGUAGUGCGCACUUCUCAGCUCAACACUGUGGACAGUUGGCUGUACGAAGAUGGGCAGGACGAGAUCGUGUUCUCAGUCGACAAGGAGUGCCAGCUGCUAGGAGCAGGGUUGUGCGGCACAGAAGGGGGCUUCACAGUUGAGCUGGAGCUCCUGGAGGUCGCUCAAGACGACUUCAGCGCAGAAGUCACUAAUAUUACUGACGUGGCACAGUCGUUCACAAAGGCCGACGGUCCUCUGCUUAAGAUGUUUUUUGAUGGGCCGGCAAGGCUCCUGCCUGGAAAAUUCUACAUGUUGAGUGCGCUCAUUAAGGGCUCUGAGUCGCAUUGCUGCGAGGACUGCAUGGAUUCAGUAGUGGCUGGUGGAGUGAGAGUCAACUUCCAUGUUUGGGAAUCCCCGAAUGGCACGAACGAGUUGAGAGGCCAGUUUCCGGAACUGUAUGUUCGUGUCCUGAUAUGA